ACCAGAUACGGUCCCACCGACAGCGGUGCUUGGCAACCCGUAUAAAACGUGAUGACGUCUGCCUCACUGAGCGUAUUAUGGGAUGUGUGGAAUUAAACAGCGAAGGCAGUAGAUAGAAGAAAAAAUAUAUAGCUUAUAAACGAGGUUGAAGUAAACAUGGAGCUAUCGGCUGUUGGAGAGCGUGUCUUCGCUGCCGAGUCCAUCAUCAAACAACGCAUAAGAAGAGGUCGAAUGGAAUAUCUUGUGAAAUGGAAGGGCUGGUCUAAAAAAUAUAGCACCUGGGAACCAGAGGAAAACAUACUAGAUGCGCGCCUCUUCGCUGCGUUCGAAGAAAGGGAGCGUGAAAGGGAGUUAUUUGGGCCUAAGAAGAGGGGACCGAAGCCGGAGACAUUUCUGCUGAAGGUGGGGGAAUUUAACAGUGACUGUCAUGAGUUAGUUAGUCCAUGUUUCAGUCAUAUUUAUUUUCUUACUUAUCACCUAUGUUUUCCGACAAUUGAAUCAUGAGUGUUGUGGUCUGAUAGAAUGUCAGACUACAAAAUGUCUGAUAUUCAGCUAAUAAAUAGAUGAAAGUGCAACAUUGUCUGUUAUCUUGCUCUUUAAUUUAAUUUUUUACCUCUGCUUUAAUUUCCGUUUUGAUGUUAUUGUUCAAGCUCCUAGUUGAAUAAAGUAACACACGUUUCCAAGUUACAGUGGGAAAUAAAUGUAUCGCAAAAGAGUGAAUGCAUGGGGCUUACUUUUUGUUCAAACAUUGUCAUUACCAACCAAAUUGGCAUCAUUGUAAUAAGGAUUUUGGUGUAGGGAAAUGGCAUGUGGAUGAACAAUGUCAAAUAGGCUAUAGGCCUAUUUCAUUGUUGGAAAAUAUCUGCAAUGAUACAGCUUAUUAAUAACAGGAUUUAGCCUUCCAAGUACAUGUUUAUGAACCCCCAUACUUAUCUAACUUGACCACCUUUAUACAGGCAAAGGCGAAAGCCACAGCAAAGACUUAUGAAUGCAGAAGAGAAAUGCCAAGGGGGAUUCGUGUUUCAUACCCUGUUCCGAUGCCUAUGAUUACACCGAGAGCUCGAGAGGGACUACGGGCUGUCGUGCCCACAAUCUUUCCCCCUAGCACGGUCAACCGAGGAGAGAGCGUGAGGGUCAGACUGCCAGAGACAGAGAGAAGGCUGCGACCGGCGCCUCCGCUCCCAUUCAUGGCUGAGGAAUUUGUCAACAUCCCUAAAAAAAGGGGACCUAAACCCAAGUUGCGUUUACGAUUCAACAUGGAGCCAGACAGCUGUCCAACAGAGGAGCCCGCGAAGAGGAGUCGGUUAGAGGAGCAGCAGGUCCCAUACGGUCUGUCUAAAAUGUCCAGACAUUGUCAUCAUGAAGGCGAAACAUCUAAGAGAAGUGUCAUCCAGUUGACACGCAGGUUUCAAGAGGGAACGAGCAUUGUGCCAAAAUCAAACAAAGCUCAAAGACUGCUGGGGACUGUGUCCCAUCCUGGCACCCAUAGCCAUGACGGUAGACUCGUCCAUAAGGCUAGACUCGAUCAACAGAGCCGCAGGACUUUAGAAUGCCCUGGGGGCAUGUCUGUCCCACACCCCAAACUGAAGCAUGUGUCCAAAAACCAUUUCUACAGAGCCAGUGACUCUUCUUCAUCCAUGCAACAGUCUAGGCCCAUUGUUGUCGCCAAAUCACCUGCAUCGAGGAGUUCUGGAGAGCAGUCAGCAGUGUCUUGGAGGCCUUGUCUGGAUAAUGUUGAGAAGGUGGUGGUAACCGAUGUGACAACAAACUUUUUGACAGUCACCAUCAAAGAGAGCAGCACAGACAAAGGAUUUUUCAAAGAUAAUAGAUGAAAUGAAGUCAGUAUCUGCUUCACAUAACAUGACUAACAAUGCAACAGCUAUUUGUAAGAACUUAGUAAUAGCUUAAUCAUGAUCAUUUGAGAUCCAUUUUCUAUAGGCCUAACUAUAUCCAGAGUGUAUGUUUAAUAUGUAUUAUGUCAAAGUAUUUAAUGUAAUAAUGACCAAAUUAAACAUGUCUAUAUAGUUUAUUUGAAUAUAAUUUUUUGGAUAACUAUUUCAUAUUUUCAUUUAAACUUUUAUACAUUAAUUAAGAGUCUUACAUUUCCUCACCUUCUAAUGGGGCUUUCAAUUCAGCCUGGUUUAAAUGUGGUAUGCUAUAGAGGUAUGUAAUAGCUGUUAUUUAAUAUAGCAAUAAGGACUUUCCCUAAUGUUUCAUACCAUUUUCUGUACACAUUUAAAAAAUAUAUUUUAAAAAUAUUUUCACAUUUUGUAUUAACAUAAUUGCAAGGAUAGACAUGCAUGUAGACCUACCUAGUGUAAAGUGUAAAUGUUUAAAAAUAUUUGGAAAAUACCUUCCAUUAUCCACAGCAUAUUCUAUGCAAUAAACCGAUAAUAUUCGUGUGAAAAUGUAUGUCAGGUAAGGUUCAAUGGACGAACUUGACCUAUAGUUAACAAUUACCCUAAUACACAACGCUGUGCUCCCGUGCAGCAGCCAGUGCAGUUGGAGCUCGGCGGUUGAAAUGUUCCCUGGACUCCCUGAUGUGUGUCAAAUCAGUUCAGCACAGCUGGGGCUGGCGAUAUUUUAGUUAUGACUUCCACUGAACUGCUUUAGAAAAAUGCAGGAGCAAAACACAUCAGUUUCCGAUGCUGAGUUAAUUUGUUUUUGGAUUUGAGGUAAUCAUUUGUAAAAAUGUAUUUUGUUGGCUUAUUCAAAUAGCCAUUUGGGAAUUGUUUCAAAAUAACCCGUCUGUGGAUUUUCAUGACACGACUAAUUGUUUGCUUGAAGAAACCUUCGAACAAGAUAAUUAAAUGGGACAAUGAUUAACGGAGGUUUGGGGUUUCUUCAGGCAAACAAUUAGUUGUGUCAAGAAAAGUCGGUGUUUAAGGACCGGACUGGUCAGAGUUGAACUUUUUGACAGUGUCUAAAUGGUAGGUUUACUUCAGUUAGGGUAGAUAACAAUGAAUUACCGUUUAGCUCUGAAGCAUUGGUCAUGGUGCGAGCUAAUGAGUUUUGAUGAUCUAUUGCUCGUUAGACCAAUUUUGUCCUUUCUAAUUAUUUGUUCACAAUCUAGAUGGAUAUUCGCAUGGGGUCUUGAUUAGUAGACAAUGACGUGCAUGUAUGUAGUCAAUAUUUGAUCACUUGACUUAUUAUUCUUAGUUCUAUUGACAGACUGCCGAAAGAAAUGGCACACAUGGGGCCACAGACUGCUUCAUCUUUUGGAUCUUGAAUUGGACCACAACCUUUUAAUUAAAUUAGUCGAACGCUCAUUAAAAACAAUUCAAAAUAUCAUGUCCAACUGCAUCUUAGAAGUAUUCCUACUUUUGAUAAUGCCAAUAUCUAAUGGCUUCUGCGUUGUAGAUUUGCUUAAUUAUCUAUAGCCUAAUAUAAUACAGGUUUUUACAUUCAUGUCAGCCUAACAAUUGACGUUUCUAUCUUUUGGAAAGUACGAAAUAUGACUCAUCAUCACACACCCUGAUGACCCACGCCUCCUUUUAUAAACUGAGCUAUAUGACUCGCCUAGUUAAAUAAAGGUUCAAUAUUAAUACAGUAGGCCACACACCAUUUAUCUACUGCAAUCAAUUACUCUCGCACGCCCGGGACUAUAGGCCAACCCAUGUGUAUGUGCAACGUUAUGUCUCCUAAUUGUUUUAGGCCUAAGCAUAUGUCUUGUGCGACAAGCAAUGUAUAGACGGUGCCAGACGCACGGCAGUGGGGUAAGCUAUAUUACUAUGCAGGGACCAGAGGGCACGGGAGUCUCAUUGCAGGUGGUUGCCGUCGGGGACCGUUUUAGCCAGCCAUGGGUUGGUCCUGGGCAGGAGGGCCAUGAUCGUUCAAAAGGUGCAGAUGAAACGCGGAUGCUGCUGGAUGUGUGUGAUGAUGGGAUGUCUGUGUGGCAUUUUUGACUAUUUUCAUAUGAUGCGGUCGUGCCUCGAUAUGGGAUGGGGUGCUUGCCCUUGCAGGUACGGCAGUAACCCUCAAGACCCGGGUGGAGUGUCACAGACUCAACUCUAUGUUGCCAUAAGCCUUUUAUUUUAUUAUUCACGAUUUUAAUAUAUAUUAUUCAAUAGGAGUUAUAAUACCACAUUAAAGAAAAAUAUUACUUUGGCCAAUUAGCAUAAUGCGUCUUAUGGACAGAUGAUGUAACAAAAUGUAAAUGACAUGCCUGCAGGGAGACAGAAAUAUUACAGUGCUGGAGCUGAGCUAGAGGCUGACUGUGACCUUAAACCAGCUCUGGCAUGUCUAACACUCUGGCCCAUUAUUUUAAUUGAGGACCCCAAACGAGCCCAUUUUAUUGCUUGAGGCCACCAUUAUUAGCCAGAUAAUGAUACUUUUGCGAAGAAAAAAACUAGUUAUGCAGGCAAAAACUGGACCAGCCCUUCUGGCAUUUGCCCGAAAUGCCAGAUGGCUAGUCUGCCCCUAUGGGACACUGAACCACUAGCCUAGAAUUCAGUCAGUCUGGGGGCUGAAUGCCACUCGGACUAGAGGGUUAUUCUCUCUCUUUUUGUAGAAUAACAAAGUGUCCAUUCAUGUUGCUCUCCCCAGGGAACUGGGCUCUGGCCUCCGAACACGUGACUCAAACAGACCAACCUGAGAGCGCGUGUGAAAAUGAACCUGGCUGUGACAACAGCGCGAGCCACUCAACUGCCAUUGACAUUUACAAGGCCUUCCCUUACAGCUGAAUUCUGAUAGACGAUUGAAAAUAAUAGCUAUUCCUGGGUAUAGUUCGGAAUACUUUUUAUAGACUAAAUUAAAAUAGUGUAGGUUAAGAAAUACAUACAUUAUUCAUGUUUAAAAUGAAUGAAAGGUGCCCUAUUUUAGCUCUUUGCAAUUUAAAAAAUCUAGCCUAUAGACUGUUAUUACUACACAGUAGGCCUAUGUCUGUUAAAUUUCCACCUGGUUGAGGAAAGGACAUAUCCUUUUCGUAGCCUAUACCCUAGCAGAGGACUUUCCCCGCAGCUGAGAAAACAUCUGCCUAAGUUCUCCAUAUGAGUGCAAUUUACCAAACCACAUUCCCAUCAAAACGCAUAAGCCUUUGAUCUCGCACCACCGGAGGGGGCCAACCAAGUCCUGUGAACAACCAACAGUAUUAUACACAUGUGGUUGCUGGAAAACCCGCAAGAUGUCGCCAUGGUCUUGACUUGCACCUUUUGUUGCUUGGGCCCAGAAGGAUUGCUAUUUUGUUCACAGGUUUUAACCCUCAUUAACGUUAAACCGAGACGCGCAUGACCUGCAUUUUCCAGAUGUGCAUUACAUGUACACGGCCACUAGAUAGAGCCCAAGUAUCAAAAAUACGUUAUACCUUUUUUCAGUUCUUGGCCUGGGCCUGUUCCUAGUUGGAUGGAUUUCGUCAUCAUUACCGUUAUUCGCCCUCCCCAUCUCCUUCACCCCCACUCACCACCCAAACUAUACUAUCUGUGGCCGUUAGGCCUACCAUUCGUUUUUAUAGAACCAAGCCUAUCAUUACAAAAUGCGAUUUAAAUUAUCUGCAUAUAUAUACAAACAACAUCGUAUUAUUUUGUUCAUUUAUUUUAUGAGUUAUUUACUUUUAUAGGCCAAUGUUUAGGGGUUGAAUGUGCAAAUAUAAAGUGUUCGGAAAAUACGUAUCAAUACUAACCUACAUAAAUAAAAGGCUUCUAAAUAAGAAGUAAUUGGCAUUUUUCCGCCAUUUAUUUCCCAAAGUUUCACUAAGGCUCCAAUUAUCCAGGUGUGGAAAAUCUGUGAGUCGCGCAGUGCACUUGGAGGUAACAGAUGGCUGGAGCCUGUACUGCGGAUCGUCUUUUCACUGAACUAACCUAAAACAAAAGCUAAAACAGAUUGAACGCGUAUUAAGUCGUGUGGGAACGUAGGCCUAAAUAAUGCGAUUUAAAAAAUGUAAUUACGUUUUGGUCAACCUUUUUCGAUUAUUGGACCCACAGGCUAUUCCGAUUGAUAGCCUAUACCUACAAUUUGCCACAAAUAGCCUACAUGUUGUUUUUUCCAUUUUACACAACUUCUAUCAUUAAAUGAUGUCACGACAAAUAAAAAUUACCGCCUUUGAAACUGUUUCGAUUUACCAAUCUUUGGGCUUGGUAAUUACGCCAUUGAUUGAUUGAUUGAAUUUAUUUGACAAGUUGUAAAAUACAUACAUAAACGCGCUCCAGCCAGUGACGCCUCCACAUACAAUUUAAGAAAAUCAUCAAGGAUAACACAAUUAAGCUUAUUAGCUUAUUUCCAUUGUGGUCCAACGGUAAUGAUGACGAAAUCCAUUCCCGGUUGUAUCAACCUUCAUCAUCCUCACACAUACACACACACACAAUAGCGAGGACAUCCAUUUUCUACCAACGCUGUCAGGGGGCUAGGGUGCACGUGGCUAAUCAUACAACGCAGCCGCAGCGUCAGUCACAGGCGUCCACAGAUGUUGCUAAGAGAGCAUCUCAGUGAGCUAGCAGAAGGAUUGGAGCGGAACAUUGGUGAUGUUUUCUCACCAAGUUGAUUUUGGAUUCUAUUUUUAUUCCUAUAUUUGGUGCAAUGUCGCCAACUCCAAGGCUGAUUUUCAUGUAUGUACUGUUCCUCUGCUGGUUGUCUCCCAGCGCGGCAGACCUAUGCAACUGGAGUGGAAGUGGUUUGGCGCGUGAGGCUGAGGCUAACUCGCGGACUGUGCAGCAGGUGCGGCUGCGUUGCACAGAGGGUUCGGUGGAGUGGGUCUACCCGGGCCAGGCGCUUCGGGUCGUCCUGGAACCCAACCUGUCCUCUGCGCGCCACACAACGGUCUGCAUCAAACCGUUCCGCAGCUUCAACGGUGCCAGCGUCUACAUCGAGCGGGCUGGGGAACUUGACCUGUUGAUGACGGAUGGAGGGCGGCCGGAGCAGGUGUUCUGUUUUCCGGCGGACGGACCUCAGAAGCCAGCCAUCUUCCUCCUGGCGAACCCGCAGAGGGAUAUCAGCCAACGCGCAGUAGGCUUCAGAUAUGAGUUGCUGGGCAAUCAGACCACUGCUCCCAACCUCGGCCGAAGUGUGUUGCAGGCUAGCUGCCGUCCCUGCAAUGACACAGAGCUCCUCCUGGCCAUCUGCAGCAGUGACUUUGUGGUUCGCGGCUCCAUCAGGAACGUAUCCCACAAUGCUGAGCGGCAGACAUCGUUGGUGGAGGUCUCAGACGGGAGGGUGUACCGGCAGCGUAGCGGGGUGUUCGAGCGUCACACUGGCACCAUAGGGGUUCCCGGUUCCAGUUCCUCAUGGCACGGUCACAUCCACACACUGUUACAGUGUCACGUAAAGCCUGGGGGCGGAGAGUUCCUAUUCACAGGGACAGAACACUUUGGGGAGGCCUGGCUGGGUUGUGCCCCCCGCUAUAAAGACUUCAUGUCCCUCUACCAAUCAGCUUGGGUGGCUCGUCAGAACCCCUGUGAGUUCCCGCUGGACUGAGGGUGUGUCCCAGUUCCUAGUGGCGAUCCAUGAGCCCUGUGACCUAUAUGUAGGGUUUAUUUUCUUAAAUGGAACACAUUGAGUCUCUUCUUUCUACCCCAGUUGGCAUGGUAGAGAUUAUGUUGCCGUGGCAGCAAGCGAGAUGAGUUCCUCACGACCACAGCGGUUUGAGAGAUGUUGUCCCUUCUACUCCUCAUAAAUCUAUACCGCUCACAACACCAGCAGGGACAAAUCUGUUGGAGCACUUGUAGAGCACAAUGAGUACAAGGCCCAGGGCAGGGGCCCACAGGGGACCCAUCCAGCCAGCACUAGAGGGGCCACCCCAGCCCCUGCCGGCCCCAGCAGGGAAAGACUUAGAGAGCCUGGCCCUUUGUCUGUCUCUCUUCUCAACGCCCACAGCUCCCAGAAACUAAAAAUGGUUUGACUGCUGCUUCACGCUUUGUCUCUCCCCACACCAACUGCUGCUUCACUCUGUCUCUCCCCACACCAACUGCUGCUUCACUCUGUCUCUCCCCACACCAACUGCUGCUUCACUCUGUCUCUCCCCACACCAACUGCUGCUU